AUGCUGAGCUCCGUGGUACGGUUCUCCGUGCUCCCAAUCGUCCUGGCAUGGCUGGUCUUGCUGGCUGGCCCUGUCAAGGCGGACAACUUCCUUGCGCACGGUUACGAGAGAUUAUUUUUUUGGGGCACAUACGAAACUUUCUGUCUGAUUGAAGGGCCAGAUAAACAACAGCACCUCCUUCCGUUCAAACAGCAGAAAGGCCAGGAAUCAAGAAAUAACAGAGGUUCUGGCCCUGGGGGCAUGCUCACUUACCCCGAGUUCAUCGCUAGAGUCGAGGACAGACCACUUCCACCAGAUCAUCCCGUCCUGUCUCAUCCCGACCCCCCUGGAAGGGUCGGAGAUGCCGUGGCGGAUCUGCUAAAGUACAAACUCACUGGUGAAGUGAGCGUCAACGCCCUUGACCCUUCUCUCCGAGGCAAGACUUUCAACAAACCUCCAGGGGGCAAGAAGAAGCCAGGCAGUGGGGGCGGAUCACGCAACUUCUAUGACCCCAAGGAUCCUCACAGAACGUCUUUUACAGUUUUGGUAGACGGACUUGUGGGCGGACUGUUACAGCACCUCGCGAAUCCCAGGAACAGGGGUAUCUUCCAGCAGAAUCUUCCCUUCAUGAAAGAAGCCCUCAAGGCAACUAUCACCCUACGCGAGGAAACGACAAGUAUCUACCUUCUGAAGAAGUUGAGUUCGCCGGUAAAAGAUGGCGGUUUCGAUCUCGACGUCAAGCUCGAUUGGAAAGACUCCAAAAUUCCACUCGGGUCUAGGUACCCCGAAUUCCGUAUUAGAGAAACCUUCGAUGCCAAUGGGGGAAAACUUAGGGGGCUUGGCUUCAAGAACGCUGAUGAUUUCGGUGACUGGGUCAGGCACUUUGGGGAUCCUAAUUAUAAGGGAAAGGUGGAAUUCGGACCCGGAGCAUUCACGCACCACCGCCUCUUGACAUCGUGGAGGGAGGCCGACCGCAAGUUACACCUCUAG